GGUCCGUCCAGCUGCAACUCAGGCCUUGUCCCUAUCGAACAGGACUGUUUCAACCUGAUCGGCAAGGACUCCUCUCUUGCCUCAACACCACAGACCCCAUUUAUCUCUCAAACAAGCAUGGCAACUGACCCUUUUCAUACACAUCUCGGCCCACUCCACCAAGUCCACCAACCCCAUUCAGGUCGUCUGGUGUCGCCCGACCACCCUUCAAGACCAUCAUGA